UUAAAAUAAAUUUAUCUGUAGCUCCCAAAGUUUUAAAACGGAUCCUGUUUCGAAUCACAUACUUUAAUAUUACGAGAUUUCCGAUCUACUACGUGUCUUUUUAUUCUCGAGUUAAAAUUUAGUAAACUAUAAAUUUCAACUUAUAUAAAAGACAGAUCACAGAUGUAGUCAAAGUUUUCAACUAUAAAUAUGAAGACACGACUGUUAAUAAGAGUCGCAUAAAACAACUGUGAAAUCUUCACGUGUCUUCUCCUAUGUUUCAUCACAUGUUCUCUCCUUUCUUCGCCUCUCUCACAAAAUUUAAUCCUUUUUCUUUUUGGCAUUCCUAGGCCCCUUUCGUAAUCCAUAUUCCGAAAACAAACCCUUUAAAUUUUGCAUACAUACAUAUCCAUCUACACAACUUUAGCAUGGACAAGAAGAAGAUUGUUGCUGCUCCAUCUUCCUCCUCUUCAUCUUCUUCGUCCUUUGAUCAUAUAUUUGGUCCAAGAGUCUAUUCUUCGCCUUCUUCAUCAACCACUGGAUUGUUCAGUUCCAUCUUCCCACGACCCUCUGAGGGGAUGUUGGGGAGGCAAAUGGACUUUGCAAGUCAAGGUGGACAUGCGAAGUAUCAAUCUCCAAUUGAACGAGGAGAAAGAAGCAACAAAAAGGAUAAAAAGAGUUACCAUAAUGAGGAAACAGAACCACCAUGCAACUUGAGCUCAUCCAUUUACUAUGGAGGCCAAGAGAACUAUUCCUCUACAACGACUACCACCAAAGAUACUUACAAGAAAGAUAGAGAUGAAGGCGAUUCCAAAAGCGCAUCAAGAGGAAACUGGUGGGAAGUGCAUGCAGGGUCGCUUUAUUACUAACAUGCACUGCAUGUGAUGCAAUCCUGAUUUCGAGCAACUGCUAAGGGGAUUAAGAGACAUCAUGGUUUAUCUUAAUAUGAAAUGUAAUAACAAGUAAAAAGCAUAUAGAAACUAUAUAUAACUCUGUUACAAAAAAAACUAUAUAUAACAAAAUUAAAGAGUGUAGUAUAUAUAUUUUAAAAAGAAGAGUGACUUGUUCUCGUCGUGUUGCUUUGUUUUGUUUACGGAAACCACAGCACUAAGACAAGCAUCUUUCUGAUAUAUAUAUAUAUAUAUAUAUAUAAAUGGUUGUAAUAUUUUCUAUAUGAUGUGAUGCUUUAUGAAUAAUUGUAAUAGUACUUUAUGUUUAUAUGGUAAUGAAUAAGCAUAUUUUAUUACCAGUAUAAACAAGCACAUGAUCAAUAUAUUUCUUGAAAAGGUCUGAUAAUCA